GGACAGUGCUGACAGAAUGAGCUCCUUGCAGGGCUCUCAUGGCAGAAGAAUACUUGUUGAUGUUUCAGUCGAUUCCAAAGCUAGUUCUGAGCUUCUUUCAUGGGGGAUGGAGCUUUUAACUCGUUCAAACGAUACAGUGAUUGCCUUGCAUGUCAUUAUGGCUAAGGAAGGAAAGAAAAUUUGCUCGGAUGUGAAAAGAUUUCGACAGGCCAAGGCCUCAGUUAUCUCCAUGCUUGGAGAAUUUGCAGAGAUCUCUCAGGCAAAACAGGUGAGGUUAGAAGCAAAAGUCAGGAGCAGCAGCAGCGUUGGAGAGGGACUUGCUGAAGAGGCUACAUUGCUUGAAGCUAAUUUUCUUCUUCUCGGCUGCGGUUCAAGUAGGAUUUCACAAAGUAAAUCUUAUCUAAUCACCAAAUACUGCUUCAAGCACAUUCCUGAGAACUGCUCACUGAUUGUCAUGGGUAAACAAACUCAAUCAUUGCUACCUCAGGACCCUCCUUCAGAAUCUGCUAUAUCUGAAAAUGAACACUCUUCAAGCUUCAAAUGGGCUAACAAAGAAACUCCAGCAACCAAGACUCCUUUCACCAUCACAAAGCUUUUUGGAUCAAAAAUUCAAAGGGAAAGGCGACGACACUCGGCCGGAGAGAGCUUCGGUGAGCUGAGCUCACCUGUUACUGUAUUAGAUGGACUUGAGGAAAUCCAUAGUUCUUCAAGUACCUACAAUGGUGGAAUGAAUAGGAGAAAGAUGCGGAGGGGUCUCUCCAAGUUGAAGUUCCUUCUUUUUGGCUCAGCAGAAGGUUUAUCUGGAAAGGAAAUAGGAGAAGAUAGCUUGCCAAAGAAGUAUGAGGAGCAGAAACCUUCAUGGAGAUGCUUUAGCUAUGAUGAGAUCUCACACGCAACCAGAAACUUCCAUGCAGAUAACAUGGUGGGCAGGGGAGGGUAUUCAGAAGUAUUCAAAGGAUCUCUCCAUGGAGUUGAUGUAGCAGUGAGACUGUCAAAAAGCAACAGAGAGGAAAAGGAGAGAGAGUUUCUUGCAGAGCUUGGUAUACUUGGACAUGUCUGUCAUUCAAACACCACUUCCUUGAAAGGCUGCUGCUUUGAGAAUGGAUUCCAUCUGAUCUUUGAUUUCUGUCCCAAUGGAAGUUUGGCUUCAGCCCUGCAUGGUAAAAGCAACAAGCUUCUAGAAUGGACUGCAAGAUACAGGAUUGCAAUGGGAAUAGCGAGAGGAAUACAUUACCUUCACGAAGGCUGCCCUCACCGCAUAAUACACAGAGACAUCAAGGCCUCAAAUGUGCUUCUGGGCUCAAACUAUGAACCUCAGAUUUCAGAUUUUGGACUCGCUAAAUGGCUGCCAAAGCAACUGACUCAUCACUCUGUCAAUCCUAUAGAGGGCACGUUUGGCUAUCUGGCGCCAGAAUACUUCAUGUAUGGAAUGGUAGAUGAGAAGACAGACGUUUUUGCCUUUGGUGUCCUGCUUCUUGAGAUUGUUACAGGGAAGAAGCCAAUCGAUGCCUCAAAGCAGAGUCUUCUUGUUUGGGCAAAGCCACUCAUGGAGGCUGGGAAGUUCACUAAAUUGGUUGAUUCAAGGCUUGGUGAAAACUAUGACAAAGAUCAGCUAAAGAGAUUAGUUCAAAUUGCUUCCUACUGCGUGAGGCCUUCGCCUAUCUGGCGCCCAUCGAUGACUGAGGUUCAGCAGCUGCUGUUCGAGAAAAAUAGGUGGCAGGAAGCCUGGAAAGAAGCCGAGAGCUGGAAGAUUCCGGAAUGCCACAGCGAUGACUUUGAUGAUUUUUCUACUGAAUCAGAUAUUUGUUCUACUUGUUAGACUAUUUAAAGAUCUGUAAUUUCUUAAGAUUUUGUUUUUUGU